AUGUUUCGAGUCGUGUGCUCUCGCGCAACAUCUGCUGCUCGUCUCCAUCUUGCCCGAUCCGUGAGCACCUCAACUCGACAGCAGCGAGUUUUCACGCCAAUUCUGGCGGUUGUUCAGAACAAGAACUCGCAAAUCAGACAAUACUCCGCAAAGGCGCCACUCACAAAGAAAACCUUGGAAGAGAGAAUCAUAUUGGUUUUGAGUGUCUACGACAAGAUCGACCCAAAGAAGUUGACAAUGGAUUCGGAUUUUGCCAAGGAUCUUGGAUUGGACUCGCUGGAUCACGUCGAGGUUGUUAUGGCAAUGGAAGAAGAGUUUGGAUUCGAGAUUCCUGACGGAGACGCGGAUCGCUUUAAGACACCACGCGACAUCUUCCAGUACAUUUGCGACAAAGAGGAUGUGUUUGAGUAA